AUGUCACAGAAAGAAAACAGUAGAAAAAAAUACACCCAACAAUCUCUUGGUAAGAAGAGGGGCAGUUCCGAGGAAAGUUCACUGCAACGGGAUGCUGCUAGUAACAGUGCAAGGAAUAAGACACCAACAAUAAUGGAUUUUAUAAAUAAACAAAAAGUGGCAAAAACUGCUGAAUGUCCCGUGUGCAAUAAAAAUGUGCCAUUGUCCAAGAUGAAUCAACAUCUUGAUGAUGGUUGCCUAGCAAUGGAAAGCAGUUGCUUAGUAACAGCAGUUGAUGAUCAAACUCCUACUACCAAUACUGAUAGUGCUGCAUCGUGUUCUUAUGAAUAUGACAGGGAAAUUGAUGAUAAUGAUGAAAUCAAGAAAACCCAGUUUGUUAAUCUGAUGGAGAUUGAAUUAUCACCUCAAAAAUUACCAGCAAAGACUAAAAGUACUGGAGUAGUGAGUCCAUACUUUAAAAAUAAAUCUGAAACUGAGAUUCGAGGGAAAAGAUUCCCAUUAAAAAGAAAAACAUGUUCACCUAUUUUCAAUCCAACAAAUCCUCGGAUUACUGAAAAUGAAAUUGUAGAUGAUUCAAAAAACGAUAGAAAAAAUCUAUCACUCUUGCCUGGUGAGGCUUCUCUAGAAAUGUCUGUGCAAUCAGAGACAAGUAAAGGGUCUGAAGAUGAUAUUCAAAUUACUGAUGAGAUCAACACCUCUGAUCCUACCAAAUCUAGAAAAACAUUUCAACAUAAAGUCAAGCUAAAAAAUAGACCACCACUUUCAGUAGGUGGCUCACUUGCACAGAAUAUUAUGGCAACAGAGGCAAGCCAGGAAUUGGGGUUUGAGGAAAAAAUGGACUUCCAGGAAUACUCAAUUGAAAAAAAACAAAAUGAUGAAUCUAAUAACUCUUGUCCAUCAUCUUCUACCUCACUGUCAUGUGAAUCUUCAUCUGUAUCUAUGACAACAACUUUUCUGGCUGAUGAGGAGGAGGAUGAAAACGACAGUAACUUUGGGGAAGUUCCACAUCAGCCAUACUAUCUUGUGAAUUUUUCUCUUAUGAUGAACACAGUUCUAAAUUGCGAAGAGGAUCGUUGUUUAUUCAACGAAGAAGAUAUGUUAUCCAUUGACAAAUUUAAAAGUUUGACAAUCGCUGCUCAAAUGUUAUAUGUAAGACUGUUUCAAAGAAAACCAACAUGGCUUAGAGUGAGCAAACUGGAUUAUCCGAAAAUUGCUGAAGAUUUAAAACCAGUGGUCCAUGAAUUAAUAAAGCAAGGAUUUUUACAAUCAGAGACUGGUUUAUGCGAUGUGGAUGAAGUAUUGAAGUUACUUCCUGCUCCUGAUUUGAAGAAUUUAGCCAAGUCUUUGAAAGUACCCACAGCUGGAAUGCAGAGAAAACGAACUAUUGAGGCGUUAUUGAAACACGGCCGGCAACAACGAACCAUCUUCGGUGGAAUAACAUCGUUAAUUUUGAAAAGAGCAAAGAAAGCACUGGGAUCUUGUAUUAGGUUGAUCCGAGAUGUCAAAGCAGUAUUCACACGCCUUGUAUUGUUGUUUUCUUUGUCUAAUAUAUCAGAUGAAGAAGACUAUUAUGCCAGUGGUGGACAGUCACUCCUAUCUAUGUUGUUCUUGGCUAAUACUGGUAAAGUGGUUUACCCAGAAUACACUGUAAACCGACCUACUAUACUGUUCAGAAGCAGAGAAGAGUUUCUAAAAUUCCAGACAGCAUUGCAGCAUGAGAGUGAUAUUAACUCAGCACUCGGUAACAAUGAAUUUGACAAUGCCCUACAACUGUAUUUGGAAGCAUGUAAAGAUUUUGAGAAACUUAAAGAAAAUAAUGAUGUUUUGAGAUUUGAUAAGAGUCUUCCAGAGUUCUUGAGAUGCUACACCCCCUCAUGGAUUUACACUCGCAUUCUUGCCUUGGGAGUAGAAAUUUUGCAAAAGUUACGACGAUACCGUGAUGCUGUUGAAAAGCUACAAGAGCUUCUUGCCCAAGAGACAUAUUGUUGCCAUGCCAGAGGACGCUGGUGGGACAGACUGGCUCUGAAUUUAGAUCAACAUCUUAAAAAGCAUUCUCAGUCAUUGGACGUAAUAAAGCUUGCACUCGCAGACAGUCAUGUGAGAACUGGUCAUCGCUUGGCAUUAGAGCAGAGAAUAUAUAAAAUAUGUGAAUCACCGAGUCAUACCAAGUUGAAGAAACGAUUGCAAGAGUUUGAUAUUAAGAAGUUGCAAGAAACUCCAAAGGUGAUAAUUUCUGGUAACAUUCAACAAAAUGAUGUCGUCAAAGAAAGAUUUUAUGUUAUUAAAAUAAAAGGUGAAAAUGGUGAGAAAGAGGAAGUUCUGACACCAAGAGUUGAAGAUUUUGUCUUACACCAUUACAAGCAGUCUGACUACAAUGAAGGUGUACAUGGUGAGGGGUCUACAUUUACAACUCUGAUUGGUCUGUUAACAUGGGAUAUUGUGUUCACUGAUAGUGUUCCAGAUGUCUUUAGAUACCAGUUUCAGUCCGGACCAUUAGAUUUCCGGAGAGAUGAUUUCUAUCUGAAUAGAAAAGACAUGAUUGAUACCAGAUUAGAUCUGAUAAAGUCAUCUGAUAUUGAUACGAUUCAUGGUAUGAUAGACGAAACAUGGAAUGCACACGAAGGUGAACAAUGUAGUUUGAUUGACUGGACACUGUUCUCAAACGUAGAUCAUGUAAAGGGUUUAGCUGCCUGCAUGGGUGGUGAUAUUAUCAGCUCUAUUGGGAAACGCAUACUACGAGAUCAUCGUCAUUGCCGGGGAGGUGUACCAGACUUAGUGGUUUGGAAUACAGAAAAUAAGACAUUCAGGGUUGUUGAAGUAAAGGGUCCCAAUGAUCGCCUUGCUCCCAAACAAUUACUGUGGAUAGAUUAUUUGAAUUCUGUUGGUGCGACUGCAGAGGUUUGUUACGUCACAGCUAUUGGAGGAAAGAGAAAACGUGCAACCAUUGACUGACAUGUAAGAAUACUGGAAUCAUGUGAAAAAUAAUUUGUAAAUAAAUAGUUUCA